UUGGAGCAUUGGUUUGUGGGAUGUUUGUUCCUGAUCAUGGAUCUGACUGGAAAACCAAAGUUCAUUACCAAGCUCAAAAUUCAAGCUGAUCAAACCGAGAUUCCCACAGGUAGGUUGCUGAAGGCCCUAUGGACAGUAUUCCUGAACCAAACCAUCUACAGUCUUCCUAUUCUGGUUGCUCUUCAUUAUGGUACUGUAUGGAGAGGAAGUGGGAUCACUGUCGAUGAGCUACCAAGCUUCCAGACUGCAAUCUGUCAACUGGCUAUCUGUGUUGUGGUUGAAGAAAUCGGCUUCUACUAUACUCACAGAUUGCUUCACCAUCCAUCGAUGUACAAGACCUUCCACAAGAAGCAUCACGAGUGGACUGCUCCAUUCGGUAUGGUGUCCCUCUACAGUCAUCCAUUUGACUACUUCUUGUCUAACACCUUCCCCGUGGCCCUGGGCGCGGUCGUCGCUGGUUCCCACAUGCUUGUAACCUCGCUGUGGUUUAGGAUUACUCUCUUCGUGACUAUCGUCACUCACUCUGGUUACUAUCUGCCCUUCCUGCCCUCACCAGAGUAUCAUGACUAUCAUCACUUCAAAUUCACAAACAACUAUGGUGUUCUUGGGAUCUUGGACUGGCUACACGGAACAGAUGUACACUUCAGGAAAUCAAAAGAACUCCAACGCCAACAGAUCACUCAGUAAACUCAUUCUUGACAACCAAGACUAAUUUAAAAACGAAAGAAGCAAAAACACAAUCGUUAUAAAAGACUUUGGAAAUUCAACCCAAUGGGCAAUUUCAAUACCCUAUUGGAUAUCCAAUAGAAAUCUUGUUCGGAUGGAAGC